GAGUCUUACUAUAAUUUAUACGUAGUUAGGACGAAGCCUGUUUAAAAAACUUAUUAAAUUGUAUGUUAUUUGUGAUACAAGACCUUGAAUGUUUCAGUACUAACGCUUAUUAUAAAAUAUGUUUUUGAGUUCCGAGGUUCGUCGUAAUUUUAUUACACUAUCAACAUCAACUACGUAUUUGCAUCAUAAUAUAGCUAUUUAAAAGACCCAUUAGUAUGUUUUCAGUGUUGUUAUAACAUUGUAUUAGUUUUAACGACUCUUACAUACUAUUAUCUCAAAAAAUUUUAUUUAAUUCUCUCCAGUUUUGAAUUGACUAUAAUGGCGAUGUAUUCUUGGUUGAUAUAUUCAUGUCUAAUUUUCGGAACUGGAAUUUUGUGUGACCAUAAACUAGAAAGACGAAAAGUUGGUGUAAGUUGCUCAAAAAGCACCAAGGAUACUUUUAGUUGUUCCGAUGGACAGUGUAUAGUAUGGUCAUCAGUUUGUGAUGGCCGAGAAGAUUGCUCAGAUGGUUCAGAUGAAAAUAAAGAAAUGUGUAAUCGAUACGAGUACGGAACGAGUAAAAUAGAAUGUGGUAGAGUAUACAACACUAGCAGUUCAGUAUCGACUACCAAUGAUACAAAUAGACUUAUUGGAAAAGCACCAUGGACUGUUGGAAUAUAUGUCAAAUAUAAAGAAAGUUCCGAUUAUGCUUUUGUAUGUGGAGGAUCAAUUAUUGGUCCAAAACAAAUCGUAUCAGUUGCUCAAUGUCUUUGGGAUUCAGACUAUAUGUCUGCCAAAAUAUCAAUAAAAGAUAUGUUCAAAGUUGCUAUUGGAAAAAACCUUAAAAGUUACCAAACACCAUUCAAAAUAGUUGAUAAUGAAUUUACUCAAAUAAUGGAUGUUGAAAGUGUUUACGCACAUGAAAAUUUCCAUGAUGGAAAUAAACAAGUGAUGUAUGAUAUAGCUGUUGUUGUGUUAUCAAAAAGAAUAACUUUUAGUGAUUAUGUGAAACCUGUUUGUAUUGAUUGGAGCGGUAAAUACACUAUAAGGAAUGGAGCUAAAGGACAAAUUAUUACUUGGAAUCUUGGGGAAGAAUCCUCUUUAUCAGAAACGUCUUUAUCAUAUAUUGACAGUAAAUCUUGUCAAAAUGCAUAUAGAUUCGGGCCAACGAAAAAGAUGUAUUAUUUAGCUGAUGAUAAGUUUUGUGGAAGUUCUGAAAUGGGACAAUUUGUAAAUUUGUUUUAUUUUGGCUCAGGAAUAACUUUUGCACACUCUAAUAAUUCUCAUUUUUUAAUUGGAUCGGCAAUUUACGGCCAAGAAAUAGAAAAUGAAAAUAGAACAGUCGUAGAUUUUACAGAUAUUAAAUACUAUAUUGAUUGGAUUCGUAACAUAUAUAUUAAAUAUUUAGACCAUGAUAUACCUUUUUGCAUUUUACCAGCCGUUGAAGGAGUUAUAUAUUCUUAUGAAGGUUCAAAUGAAAUUUUAGCUCAUGGAACAUUAAUUAAUCAGUAUAGUACCGUAAUUGAGAACUGUGGUGUUGGAUAUUAUAAAGCUUACCCCAGAGGUUUAAGAAUAUGUCAGGGAAAUGGAAAAUGGUCUUCGACUUUCGAGAAAUUGUGUAUUAAAAUGUGUCCGCCUCUUUUAUCCGAUAGUUUAGAUAUUAAAUGUACUCUUAAUGGUAAGUUUACAAAUUGUUCAAAUCCUUCGACUCCCGAAACAAUAGCCGUACCAUCGUGUAAACCAACCCAUACAUUACCAAAUGGACAAGAAGAGACUCCAAUUGAAUUGAUUUGUCAGUCUGAUGGAAUGUGGGAUAAUCAGCUAUAUAAAUGCAAUCCACAUUGUGGCAGAGUAUAUACUAAUGGGAAGAUAUUGAUCGCCAAUGGUAAGAAAGCACAAUUUGGAACAGCACCUUGGAACGUUGGAAUAUAUCGAUUAAAUAAAGCGAAUUCAAAUUAUGAUUUGAUAUGUGGGGGAUCAAUAAUUUCUCCAAAUUUAGUCGUUACUGCGGCUCAUUGUUUUUGGUACAAAGGAAUAUUAUCAAAAAAAAUAUCAAUAAACGAUGAUUCAUAUAAAGUUGCCGUCGGAAAAUAUGAUAGAAAUUUCACAGUAUUAAUUGUAGAAAAUUCAAUUGUACGAGUGAAUAUGAUUUACAUAAAUGAAGCUUAUGAAGGAUCUAAAUCUAAAUAUGCUUAUGAUAUAGCUGUUAUUGUACUUUCGAACGGAGUUUAUUUUAAUAAUGUUGUUUCACCUAUUUGUAUCGAUUGGCAUAAUCAAUACAACGAACCGAAUGGAAGUAAAGGAAAGAUUUUUGAAUGGAAAAAUAUAGAAAAUGGUACACCAAAUUCCGUUUUAUUAGAAACUUCUUUACCAUACAUUGACCGUCCAUCUUGUCAAAAAAUAUAUACAGAUGGAUUUGAUAUAUUUGUGACUAAUGAUAAGUUUUGUGCUGGUUCUAAAUUAGUUUAUGGUGAAGACUUGGACGAAGGAGAUAGCGGUUUAGGCUUAAUGUAUUCACAUUUACAGUCUUACUAUUUAACCGGUGUAUUGAGUCUUAAGCAAUCAUCCACAAAUAACUCAAUCGCACUUUUUACAGACAUUAAGUAUCAUUUGAAAUGGAUUCGUGCGCUGAAUAACAAACACAGGGACUAUGAUAUAACAUUUUGCGUUUUACCAGCGGUUGAAGGAGUUUUAUAUUCGUAUGUAGGUUCUAAUGAAAUUUUAGCUCAUGGAACAAUAAUUAAACAGGAUAUUACCGUACAUGAGAACUGUGAUGUUGGAUAUCAUAAGGCUUACCCCAAUGGUUUUAGAGUUUGUCAGGGAAACGGAAAAUGGAUCUCGAUUUCCGAGAAACUGUGUCUUAAAAUGUGUCCGCCUCUUUUAUCAGAGAGUUUAGAUAUUAAAUGUACUCUUAAUGGCAAGUUCACUAAUUGUUCAAAUCCAUCGAUACCCGAUACAAUUGCCAUACCAUCAUGUAAACCAACGUAUAUUACACCAAUUGGACUAGAAGAUACACCGUUUGAAUUAAUUUGUCAGUCUAAUGGAAUGUGGAAUAAUCAACUUUAUAAAUGCAAACCGUAUUGUGGUAAAAUAUAUACUGAUGGAAAAAUAUUGAUCGCUAAUGGUACGAAAGCACUUUUUGGAUCAGCACCAUGGAAUGUUGGAAUAUAUCGAUUAAAUAAAGAUACUUCCAAAUACGACUUGAUAUGUGGAGGAUCGAUAAUUGCUCCAAAUUUAGUAGUUUCUGCGGCCCAUUGUUUUUGGUAUAAGGGUAUAUCGUCUAAGAAAAUAUCAAUAAACGACGGUUCAUAUAAAGUUGCCGUUGGAAAAUAUGAUAGAAAUUUCACAAUAAUCGAUAAUGACUUUACACGAAUAAUGGAUGUGGACAUCAUUUACUUACAUGAACAAUUCACUGGCACACAUAGUUACUUUGCUUACGAUAUAGGUGUUAUGGUAUUAUCGAACUUAAUUUCUUUUAGUAAUGUUGUUGCACCUAUUUGUAUCGAUUGGAAAAGUAGAUACGAUGUUCCGAAUGGAGUUGAAGGAAAGAUUGUUGGCUGGGGAAAAACGGAAAAUGAUAAAUUAAGUACCGUUUUAUUAGAGACUUCUUUACCAUACAUCGACCAUAAUUCUUGUCGAGAUAUAUAUACAAAUGGAUUUCAAAUAUUUCUGACUGCUGAUAAGUUUUGUGCUGGUUCUAAAUUAGUUUCAGGACAAGGCUUGGGCGAAGGAGAUAGCGGUUCAGGCUUAACAUUUUUACACUCAAAGUCUUAUUAUUUAACCGGUGUAUUGAGUCUUAAGGAACCAAACUCGAAUAACUCAAUCGCAGUUUUUACAGAUGUUAAAUACCAUGUUCAAUGGAUUCGUGAAUUACAUAACAGACAUAACGAAGUAUAGUAGUAUCGUGGUAAUGACAUACAAAUAAUUUAUUCUAAUUGUAAUUCAAAUCAAUAUAUGUAUUGAUUUCUUUUACUUAUAAUGAAAUAAAAUACAUAUAGGUAAUGUGUAAACAUGAUAUGGGUUUUAUUUAAAC